CAAGAAUUGUCUUAUGACUUAUGUUUUAAAGGCCCCUCGUAUUUAUACAUACUUUAAGAUUUAAGUCACAAGAUAAUUCUUGCGCGUUAUUAAAGAUUUAAAUCAUAAGACACUUAAGAUCAUAAGUCAGGUUUCUGCUAAAGUCCUAUCUUUAACAUUCGAAUAUAUAUUAUCUUGUCUUAAGUGCACAAUAGUUAUGGGGAUUUCAAGCAAUGUGAACGAGUCUAUCUCGUCGUCAUAGGCUGCAUUCCACUUGACGCUCGCAACGCUCUUGGAAUCAGAAUUAUACGCAAUAUAAGGAAGAGAACAUAAUUGAUGAUACUCGGGAAAAUGUUAGCACCAAUAUCCAAAAUGAAUUAAUUGAGGAAUCUCAAUCAGAAUUUAAGACCGUCGCGUUUGUAUCAGGAAUGAAUUAUGCAGAACAGCACGAAUCGCAAGAUGUAAAAGAAACUUCAGAAAAUACGGAAAAUGAUAUUCAAACGAUCGUUCAAAAAAAUUUGCGCGAGCAAUCUCAAUUCGAGAGAUCCCUGUUAGAAUACGAACGUAUUAUACCAAUACAAGAUUGUCCACGUUUCAUGUCUGGAAAAUAUGUAGAAAUAUUGACAACAUUAGCAAAAAAAACUGCAUAUAUAUUACAUUGGCUAGAUGGUGUGAAUAAAGCAAAAGAUACAAAAAAAAAUAAACCAUCGAUAUUAGAACUGCUGCGAGAAGAGUACAAUAACGAUCAAUCAGACAGUAGCAAUUGCUGCGAGGAUAUUCAAUUACAAAAUCAUAAAUCUUUAGAUAAUAAGUUUCAUGUACAAAAUAAAUGUGAGGAGAAUCGUGCAUAUUAUAACGAGGCAAGUAGCAUUAAUAAUAUGAUAUAUUGAUGAUAUACUUUAUCCGUUUAUAUUCAUGA